AUGCGGUGGCUAAUCCUACUGCUGUUGACGGUGGGAAGUCGGGCCGAAGAGUGGGAUGCCUACAACUAUCCCAACCCUACUGCAGGCCAAUUCAUGGAGUGUAACAUGAAGACAACAUCUAAUAUCUGUGAUCCGGAUGGUGUUCUUUCCGUACAAGCACGUUAUCGCCUCGAUCAUGACUUGAAACAACUGGAGAGCAGAACCAGACAGGACCAUGGACGAACAUUCUGUGAGAAGAAAGGCGUGACGGCAGCCAUGGCAGUGGCUAGGCAUGUCAAAGGAGGCUCAACAGAGGCAGUAAAAGCCAUGGCGAACGACAUGCUCAGAAAAUGGACACUUGACCAGCAAUGCCAGAAAGCCGUUGUUUUCGUAGUUUCCACGGACGAUAUGGUGUUCUGGGUUGCUCGUGAUGAUAAGGUGCCCGUGUAUGCUGACGAGUUCAAUGAGAUUUUCAAACAGCAGAAAUCCCUAUUUCAACAGAGCAAUUAUCAACAGGCACUAACCAAUAUUAUGCAAAAGACAUGGUUGGUUGCACUUUUUAUUCCUCAAUAUUAUUUUUUUCAAGGUUCUGGCUUCAAAAUGCCAUCAAUACCAGGAUGGUUCUGGGCGCUUCUGUUUCUAGUUAUUGUCCCACUUGUGUGUAUGUGCAUCUGUUGUUAUUGCUGCUGUUGUCGUGGGAAAGGUGGAGCCAGUGCGAGAGCUCAAGAUGGUGAGAAUGUUAUCUCUAAUGUUAUUUUAUCUAGGCUAGUAAAAAAUGGAAUAAUUUCAAAAGUUAAGUAUGAAGAACAUCCAUUUGCAGGUGGUGGUGCCUAUCCAGCCGCCCCUGGUGUGGUUUAUGACGACAACGGUGGGAGAGGUGGUGGUGGACUGUACCCCUCGAAGGCCGUCAAAGAUGAGGGUGGUGGAGGCAGUUGGGCCUAG